UUUUUCUGAAAAAUUAUUUAUCACAUUUUAUUUAUUUUCUUUCUAAUUACUAUGUUUGCUUCAUCUUCAUACUAUAACCCUAAUGAAUUACCUACUCUUGGUACUUCACCUACCAUGAACACACCUUACUUGGAUUCAUCCAUUGACACACCAUUUCUUGACAAUCAUUCAUCAGCCGAUACUCCGCCAUUUUUUGACACUCUGACUGACGUCUCACCUUAUUUAAUGUAUGCAUCAUUUGGCUUAGCUAAUCUGAACAUGUAUCUCAAUAAAGAAGAUGAUAUCUGUGCUCGUUAUCUUGAACAUCAUGAGAACGACAUUUCUAAGCUAACGCAUGACCCACUCAAGUUUAAUGGCGAUCCCAAUCUCUUAUUGCUUGACAAGUCAAAGGCUUCUGUACCCACUCAUACUGUCACUAAGCCAUCACCUACCUUGAAGCUUGAGACAGUCACUGAAGAAAACUCUGAUUCUCUCUUUCCUCCACUCAAUUCAUCACAGCAGUCUAUCAAUACUGAUGUCAAGUAUGAAGACUUGUCUAUGGAUGAACUCUUGGGAUUUGAUGCCUCUUCUCCAUUAAGCGAAGAUAUGGGCUCAGAAUACGAAGAAGAAGAAGACCAAAAGCAAGAAAAACCCAAGGAACCCAAGUUACACUACUGUCCUCUCUGUGAUCAUGUCUCUAAGCGUCGUUAUAACCUAGACACUCAUAUCAAGACACAUGACAAGAACAGAAUUAAGGAAUUUGGUUGUCCCCAAUGCCACAAAGCCUUUGACAGACGCCAUGAUCGAGACCGCCAUUUGGCCACUGUUCACCGAGGAGAACGAUCUUAUGCCUGCUCUCAUUGUGCCACUCAUUUCAGUAGAAGAGAUGCUCUUAACCGUCACUUGGUCCAAAAGCAUGAAUAUGAUGAGAAUGAUUUUAUUGAAUAA